AUGAAUCGUCCCCGGCGAGCUGCUGCUCAAAAGCCAGAGGGUCACUAUGCUGGUACCUCUGCCGCACAAAAGACCUCGGCCACGCGAAAGACCUCUUCCACACGAAAGGCCUCUCCCACACGAAAGGUGACGAAGUCUGGUGCGACCCGGAAACAACGCAAGGGGAAGAAUCAGUCUGGAGGAGAUGAAAUGGAUAUAGAUCCUACUCCUGUUACCGCGGAGAACACACCUGGAGAUCCUCCUGAACCAUUGGAUCCGGCCGCACUUGCAUUGGAUUUUAAAAAGUCCUAUGAAGGGGCAAUCCCACCACCGGUACGGCCAAAGCGGGGGAAGCGGUUCAAACAGCCUGCAUCGAAUCCAAUCACGAACCUCAACGAUGUGCCAAAAGGGUGGAGUUUGUAUGACCCUGAUCUUGAUCCUGAGGAUUUGGAUGCUCGGAUUGCAAGAUGCCAUGAGCGGAUUAGUGACAACAUCAUGGUCCAUCAGUUCAAAUUCGAUUUGAAGGGUUUAUUGCGAGAGAAGAAAAAGCGCGAUGAUAUGAUGGCCUUGGAGCCUCCUGGCCUGAGUUACCCUGUCGUCCAGCGCCUGCAAACCCUCAAGGGCAUGUUAGCAUGGCUUGACAGCGAAGGUGACCAGUUUGAACUGGCCGACAAUGUGAGAAGUCUCAUCGAAGCAUACAGAUCGGGGCAAUUGAAGUGGAAUCCACAUCUUGUCACCUACUGGGCUAAAGGCGUUCAGCUCUGCCAGCCAAGACCUUUCAGGUGGAAUGAAUGUGAUGUCAUCAAUGCUCAACGUGAAGGCCAAAAAGGGUUUUGGGUAGAAGGGCUCCAAGGUGCAGGGCCCGCUCCCCAACAGUUACAAUGGAUGAGUGCGCAAGAAGAUGGGCCGGAUAGUGGGCCAUUUGUGUGCCACAUGUACAUCUGCGUGAAACCUCAACCUACACUCACUCAACUAAAUGUUCAGUCCUUGAAUCUGAGCUUUCUAGAUGAUACGGGGGCUAAUAUGAUGCAAAUAAAUAUGACUGAUGUGGCGACACUCAUGGAUGUGAAUGCCAAUGGAAAUGAACCCCAGCUUCCAACAGUGUUAGGUCUUGUAUGCGUAGGCAUUGCCGACGGAUCAAGAACAUAUAGAAUAUGUAUGCGACUUGAUAUUAACAUGUGGGAUGAGGCUACUUGGACUUGGCUAACUCCAAACUGGGAUCCGAUCCCAGUUCUUGUUUACAAUGACAUGACGAACCCACCAAGCCCACCGCUGGUCCGAAUGAAUGGUCCGUGGCCACGAUUAAGGAUGUAUUCAGCAUCAGCACCCGGUGGCAACAGUGAGACCUAUUUUAGCGACCUUCACCCGUCGGCAAUGAUUGUGCCCACCGAUGUUGAAGAUCUUGGCAGUGACAUCAGUUCUUCCUUCUCCAACUCCCCCCAUUCCACAAUGGUUUACGCAUUUACCCUCCCAACAACCUCGCCUCUCUCAUUUCAAUCAUUUAUCUACUCUAAUACACACCCAUCCCUCCCCCAAUCAGCCUCAACAACCCGCCAUGCUCUCCGCCUCGCAUUAAAGGCCCACAAGCGACUACCCCGCGCCAGCCAGGAUGCCCAACUACCGACAGUUCUGUCCGCCUUGAAUGAAUACAUUCCCUACCUAUUUGCAAUCUCGAAUGGACUAGGUCGCUCCGUUCCAACAGAUGCAUAUUCCUUUGCUCCUCACGGUGACACGUCAGGCAGGCCGAAUAUCCCCACCGAGGUUGAUAUCACGAUCCGUGCGGAGAUGGAAUCGACAUGGAGAUAUACCCUGUCAUCCUCAGGCGGAUUGAAUCUAGGGUCCGGAGGCAAUAGCGCAAGCGGAAAUGGUAUUCGGACACGUGGGCGAGUGUCUGGUCGAGGCAUCCACUUUGAACUGGCAUUUACGCUCACAACUCUGGGCUAUGUAUUGAGUAGGAUGGCGCGCGCAGAAGUUCUCGCUGUGUUAUAUGCAUCAUCUACCCCGUCUGCGGAGGUCCGCACUGCGGCUGUGCAGACUGCGACGCGAUAUCUACUACAGGCUAGCUCCGUGCACAAUCUGCUAGCGUCUUCGCCGACUUUCACGGCAGCUACUGUGUCGACAGUACCAGAGCUGGAGGCUGCUACGCAGUCGGCUCUGUCAUCUCUGGCCCUGGCUGAGGCUACGUUGCUGGCUGUCCUUAAGGAUGAUGCGUAUGUUGCGACGUGUAUUCAGUCGCGCAACCCGAAUGAUAAAGACUGGAUGGUCCAUGCACCUGAGAUCCCAAAGGUACGCGCUCUGCUAUUUGCAAGACUUUGUGUUCGUGCUGCAGAGUACUCCGAACAAGCGACUGCGGGCCUAGGUGCUGUUGGGUCUACGUCUGGUCGUGCAGGCCGUGUGGAUGAGGAUUUGGUCGGCUAUACUAGAGUUUUGGCUCGUGUUGCUCGGGCACGGGCGUGUCGUUUCUUUGGUGUAGACGCUGAGCUAUCGGGCAAAGUCGGUGAGGGUAUUGCGUGGCUGCGAGCUGCACGAACUCUACUCGGGCUACGUGGAGCAGGGUCUUCACAGGAAGGUGCCGCUGGCACGGGAGGUUCUACAAAAGGCGGAUUGUCCCGUUUAAAGCGAGAGUGGACAGAGAGGCGUGAGGAGCGUCGAGUCACUAAGGAUGCUGGCGGUACUCGCAGCGAGAAAGGUCCAUUGGAUGCCGGGGAUGAUGCUGGUCGUGACGAAGAGGGACGAGUCCUCGCGAUGCUUGACACGAAAUGGGUCAAAAUGAAUGACACAAUUAACACACAGCUCAUUCCACCAUCUGCACCAUUGCUCACUAAUCUACCUUCUGGCCGUGAUAUUCACUCCCCUCCAGCACCAUACCAGCCCCCAUCUUUAGAUGAGGACCAACUCAUGCGGAUGCGUGCUCCCCCAGAUGAGAGAGACGAAAUUAUAUUUGGAAGUGACGAUGAGAGCGAGGACGAUGCAGGACAGCCGGAUGGUCGUGUCCCUCCGGGGGCAUUCCCGGACCGAAGCGCGACCGCCUCGAACGUUUAUUAUUAA